GAGUCCUUUAAAAUAUUUAAGAACCUAAAGGAUAAUAUGUUUGAAUUUGAGAUUGAUGAACUAGGUUUAUUAAUUUAUGACCAGACUAAGUUACUUCCUAAUAUUUUUGGCUCAAAUAUUCGAUUUGAGAAUUUUAUUAUUAAAAAUAUUCAUGAGUCAUCAGAUUCAUCUGAUGAAGACAUUGGAUUUUCUCUAAAAUAUAAAACAAAUAAAACCCAAACUAACAUAUCUGGAGAGAAUGAUAUUGAUAAAAUUUAUACAAAAAUGAUUAAUUGUCUCAACAAAGACAAUGUAGGCAUCAAGCAUAUUAGGGAACUAUUACUUAAUCUAUUAAACUCUAGAAAAAAUGAGAAUGAACUACAGACUGAGAUCCUUGAUUUAUUAGGAUACAAUCAAUUUGAAUUAGUUAUUGAUAUAUUUAAAUUCAAACCUCAAUUACUAACUCUGUUGAAAGAUGAAAUAUAUGAAGAUAUUGAUAUAAAUGAUAUAAAUAUUCCACUUGAACCAUUGCCUACAAAAUCCAAAAUUAGACAUCCACCAAUAGCCCCUCAAGUUAUUGUCCAGUCAACAUUUGAGAUAAAUAUGCAAAAACAAAUUGAAAAAGUGGCCAAAAAGUUAGCUAAAAAAAAGAAUUAUGACAAAAAUUAUGACACCUUCAAUGAAUAUAAUCUUAUUCAAGAAAAACAAGAAAUUUUAAAUGAAGCCAAUCAACAACCUUUAUUUUCUAUUACAACACAAGAUUCUGUUUAUGGUACAUCCUCAGAAAAAUUGCCAUAUGUAUGGGAUAGCUUGAGUGAAGCAAAAGAAACCUCAUCUUUUAUAUCUGGGAAUAAACUUAAUCUACCUGAUGGUUCUAAAAGAAUUCAAAAUAAAUUUUUUGAAGAAAUCACCAUUCCUGCUGAAAAUAGGGAUGAAGAUUUUUCACAUAUUAAGAUUCCAAUUUCCAGUCUUGACUUGAUAGGAAAAUUAGCAUUUUCUGGUGUAAAAUCUCUCAAUCCAGUGCAAUCUAUUGUCUUGGAUGCAGCUUAUUAUUCUCAUCAUAAUUUACUUGUAUGUGCCCCUACUGGUUCUGGUAAAACAAACAUAGCACUACUCACCAUCUUAAAUCUCAUAAAACAAUAUUCCCAAAUGGAAAAUGAUUAUAUACCAGAGAAAGCAGAUGAAAAUGAUACUAUAGAUCCCGCAAAAAUAUCGAAUCUUGUGGCCAAUCUCGAAAAGGAUAAGUUUAAAAUCAUAUACGUGGCACCCAUGAAAGCCCUCGCGGCUGAAAUGGUCGUUAAUUUUAGCACUAAAUUAGCUCCUUUUGGGCUAAAAGUCAGAGAACUCACUGGAGAUAUGCAACUUAACAAGAGAGAAAUACUUGAAACGCAGAUGAUAGUAACAACACCUGAAAAAUGGGAUAUUAUAACAAGAAAAAAUACCGGUGAUGUCGCUUUAAUUCAAUUGGUCAAAUUGCUUAUUAUAGACGAAGUUCAUUUGUUACAAGAUAACAGGGGGCCCGUCAUAGAAGCCAUAGUAGCUCGGACUCUAAGACAAGUGGAAACGAUGCAAAGUAUGAUACGAAUAAUCGGGCUCUCUGCUACCCUGCCAAGUUACUUACACGUAGCACAAUUUCUUAGAGUCAAUCCCUACAAGGGCCUCUUUUUUUUCGACGGCCGUUUUAGACCUGUUCCAUUGACUCAGAGUUUUAUAGGCGUUAAAAAUGUUGGUAAUAGCACAUUCGAACAAAGGAAAGAAAUGGACCAUAUCUGUUUUGAAGAAGUCGUCAAGAGGUUGAAUCGGGGUUUACAGAUAAUGGUAUUCGUACACGCCAGAAACGCCACGUUAAAAACCGCUAUUAACCUUCGAGAAAUCGCCUCCCGCACCAACAAACUACACUUGUUUAGCCCUUCUUAUAAUGACCAAAAUAGCUCGGAACAUUCAACAGUAUUAAAUGUUAAUAACGAUGAUAAUGAAAGAGCAAGAGCUAGAAAAAACGCAGGUAAACUAAUCUCUAACCUUCAUUUCAAGGAAAAGAGGCUUAGAGAACUCGUGGAGGUCGGCCUGGGAUUUCAUCACGCGGGUCUCAUGCGAAGUGAUAGGAAUACUAUAGAGAAAUGCUUUUCAGAUGGAUUGGUUAAAGUUUUAGUGUGCACCUCUACCCUGGCAUGGGGCGUCAACCUACCAGCUCAUUGCGUCAUGAUCAAGGGAACGGAAAUAUACGAUUCUCAAGCUGGUGGCUUUAAAGAUUUAAGCAUACUCGACGUAACUCAAAUAUUUGGUAGGGCCGGAAGGCCUCAAUUUUAUACGGCGAAAACUUCGAACAAUACCGUAAACGAGUCGCCAAAUCCAAUGGAAGAAAUGAAAGAAAUCAAACAUAAAGGCCCUUCAUCUCGCAAUAAAUUUGCCAGUGACGGAGGCGAAGCCAUUCUUUUAACCACUCAUGACAAGCUCUCGCAUUUUAUAACUGCGCUUAUCAGAAAAUCUCCCAUCGAGAGUCGUUUCAGCGAUUACUUAUGUGAUAAUUUGAAUGCUGAAAUAGCUUUAGGCACCGUCAGCAACAUAGACGAAGCAGUUGAAUGGUUGGCCUAUACCUACUUUCACGUUAGGAUGAAAGCUAAUCCAUUGGCCUAUGGCAUUAAUUACGAACAACUCAGGGUCGACCCAGAUCUUCGUCAGCACGAAAAAAAUAUUAUCAUGUUCGCUGCUAAUCAGCUCGAUAAGGCUAGAAUGAUACGUUACGACACUACCAAUGGUUAUCUAUAUUCUACUGAUGUGGGACGAGUUGCCAGUCAUUUUUACGUUAAUUUCGAAACGGUCGAAUUGUUUAAUCAAUACCUUGAUCCUAAUGUCACUGAAGCUAGAAUUCUAAGUUUGGUGUCCAAGAGUUCCGAAUUUUCCCAAAUCAAGUUAAGAGAGGAAGAAAUGGACGAAUUAACAACACUAUCAAGUCAAGCCUGUCCUUUGCCCAUCAUGAUAAACGAUAAUUUCAUGUCUAGACCUCUUCCCAACACUUCUUUCCAAGAUAGUGGGGUGGGAAUCGAGGGUUCUGAAUUCGCAAAAACCAACAUAUUGAUUCAAGCCUACAUAUCAAGGGAAAAACUCGAUUCCUUUUCCCUAGUCUCCGAUACCAAUUACAUUAGUCAAAACAUUUGCAGAAUUAUAAGAGCCCUAUUCGAAAUAGUACUAAGAAAAGGGUGGCCAGUCGCCGCUGGCAGACUUCUGAACUUGGCCAAGGUUGUCGACUUGAGAUGUUGGAGUUUCGAGAGCUCUCUUAGACAAUUUUCGGUACUAAAUCAAGUAAUAUUGGAAAAAUUAGAGGAUAAACGCUUGACGAUUGAUAAACUUAGGGAUAUGGAGGCCACUGAAAUUGGCCACAUGGUUCAAAAUAUAAAAAUGGGCCCUACUAUCCAACAGCUGGCCAUGAAUUUCCCUCUCCUUCAAAUGGACGCCAUUUUGCAACCCAUAACUCGUUCUAUAUUGCGUAUUAGGAUUAACAUAACACCAGACUUCAUUUGGAAUGAUAAAAUCCACGACACUUCCGAAUCCUGGUGGAUAUGGAUCGAAGACCCCGAGAACAAUCAUAUAUACCAUCAUGAAUAUUUUACUCUCACCAAAAAACAAGUCCUGAACUCCGCGAGAGCCAAUUACAAUGCCGAAGAGAUUAUCGGUAAAAAUUUAUCGAACAAAUUCAAUUCCAGUGCCAUGCAUAGUUGUCUAACUUUCACGAUUCCCUUAUUCGAACCCAUGCCUCCGCAGUAUUACAUAAGGGCCGUCUCGGAUAAAUGGAUAGGAUCUGAAAAUAUAUUGCCAGUUUCCUUUAGGAGUCUCAUAUUGCCAGAACAUCACCCGCCUCAAACUGAUCUACUAGACCUUAACCCUCUCCCGGUCACCGCAUUAGACAAUCCGUAUUUAGAGGUUCUCUACAAUUUCACUCAUUUCAACCCUAUUCAAUCUCAAGUUUUUCAUUGUAUGUACCACACUGAUUAUAAUGCCCUUAUCGGCGCUCCAACCGGAUCAGGCAAAACUAAUAUAGCUGAAUUGGCCAUUUUUAGAUUAUGGAGAGAAUACCCGGGCCAUAAGGCGGUCUAUAUAGCCCCGCUCAAAGCCUUAGUCAAAGAAAGGGUGAAAGAUUGGUCCGUUAGAUUCGCGAAAAUUCCUAAAAAAUGUUUAUCUUGCCAAACCUUUGAACUGGACACCAGGAAAUUCAACGAAUUCCCGUCGACCUCGUCUACUAGUCUGGAAGAAGAUUGUAUAAAAAUAGUGGAACUAACUGGCGACCAUACACCCGACGUGCGAUCCAUAGCUAGCGCGGAUCUGAUUAUAACGACCCCCGAAAAGUGGGAUGGAAUAAGCAGAAAUUGGCAGACCAGGAAUUACGUCAAGCGAGUCAAUUUAAUAGUGAUUGAUGAAAUACAUAUGCUAGGGAAUUCUAGAGGCCCAGUUCUUGAAGCCUUAGUCUCUAGGACGAAUUAUAUAUCAUCUCACACCCAUAUGCCCGUAAGAAUCGUGGGGCUAUCUACUGCAUUAGCUAAUCCCAAUGACCUUGCGAAUUGGUUGGGUAUUGAAAAAGUUGGGCUUUUCAAUUUUAGACCAUCCGUUAGACCUGUACCAUUGGAAGCUCAUAUCUCUGGAUUUCCUGGCAAACACUAUUGUCCCCGGAUGGCUACUAUGAAUAAACCCACCUAUCAAGCUAUCAAAACCUAUUCGCCUACCAAACCUACUAUAAUAUUCGUAUCAUCUCGUCGCCAGACUCGGCUCACUGCUGUCGACCUCGUAGCUUACUUAGCCUUAGAACCUAACCCCAAGCAAUGGCUUAAAAUGGCCGAUAUCGAAAUGGAAAAUAUAGCUACAACUAUCAAAGAUAGCCAUUUAGCCCACUUCCUCUUAUUCGGAAUCGGUAUGCAUCACGCUGGUCUCCACGAGAAAGAUAGAAAAAUUGUAGAAGAACUUUUCGUUUCGCAAAAAAUUCUGGUGUUAAUAGCCACGAGCACCCUAGCCUGGGGAGUUAAUUACCCAGCUCAUUUGGUUGUGAUAAAAGGAACGGAAUAUUUUGACGGCAAAACUCACAAAUACGUCGAUUUCCCUAUAACCGACGUUUUGCAAAUGAUGGGCCGCGCCGGAAGACCCCAAUAUGAUGAACAGGGAGUCGCUGUUAUACUAGUUCAGGACUCUAAAAAACAUUUUUAUAAAAAAUUCUUGUACGAGCCGUUUCCUGUUGAAUCUAAUCUUUUAGAGGUACUUCCUGAUCAUAUAAAUGCGGAAAUAGUAUCAGGAACAAUUCAAAAUAAGCAAGAAGCCUUAGAUUAUUUGACAUGGACUUAUUUUUUCAGGAGACUUUGGAAAAAUCCUUCGUUUUACGGGUUGGAAGACAUGGAAACUAAUUGCGCAAACCUGUAUCUUUCAUCCCUGGUGGAAAAAACUGUAUUAGAACUAGAAAAUUCUUUUUGCCUAUCUGUUCAAGAGGAUAGCAGAACACUAGAGCCCACUACCCUGGGUAGGAUAGCUUCAUUUUACUACUUAUCGCAUAUGAGCAUAAAAGUCUUCAAGGAUAAAUUAUCAUCCAACUCUUGCUCCAUUGAAUUGCUCCUUACGGUUAUUUCUUCCGCCGCUGAAUAUAACGAAUUGCCAGUAAGGCAUAACGAAGACGCCCUAAAUGCCGAACUUUCCGACUGCGUGCCUUACAAAGUUGAUCCUUUCACAUUCGACAGCCCUCACACCAAGGCUAACCUGCUCAUGCAAUGUCAUUUUGGGCGCAUUAAGUUGCCUUCCUCUGAUUACUAUACCGACACCAAAUCAAUGUUAGACCAAAUUUUCAGAAUUUUGCAAGCAUUACUAGAUAUGGCCGCGGAGGAAGGAUGGUUGGCGGUGUCUUUGCUCCUGGUCAAUUUUAUGCAAAUGUGCGCUCAAUCUAGAUGGGUUGAAGAUUCAUCUCUAACCACUCUACCUUUCAUUAAUUCAGAUCACCUCCAUUUUUUCGAAAAUGUUACCUUGAAUGGUAAAAUUAUUGACAUUGUGAACAUACCCCAAUUGGUGAUUUAUUGUCAAGAUGAGCGGGUCAACUUGAAAAAUAUUCUAACUGAUACUCAUUAUUUUACCAAUCCUAAGAUAGAUGAUAUAUUUUCUGCCUUAAUGAGAUUUCCUAUGAUAAAGAUUGACAUCUCGCUUUAUUUUCAAGAAUCCACUGCUCAAUCAAUUUUUAUCAAUUUGCAAAGGAAAACAAGACUUUCUGCCGAUGAAUGGCCCAAUGUAUUUUCCGAUCAGGAAUUAGCCAUGACCGUUAAACUCACACGAAUUAAUAAAAAUAAGAAAAAAGGUAGCAAAGCAUAUUGCCCUAAAUUUCCUAAAGAAAAAGAUGAAUCAUGGGUCUUGAUUUUAGCGGAAUCCGAAAAGACUGAAUUAGUAGCUCUUAAACGAGUAGGCUGUGUUUACGAUGUUCUCCAAACCACUUUAUUAUUUACUACCCCUUCCAAACCAGGUCGAUUUAUAUACACAUUCUACUUGAUGAGCGAUAGCUAUAUAGGUCUAGAUCAACAAUACGAUAUAUGUCUGAACAUUCUAUUACCCACCAAUAAAUGAAUUGUUAAAAUUUAAAAUAAAUCUUAUAAAAGUCAAUUAUUUAUUUUUUAAAAAAGGUAUUUAUUUAUAAAUUACUACUCAU